AUAAACAUACAAGAGAUAAAAGUAUCACAAGACGAGUUUAUUACUUUUAAAUUGGAUUGUACAAGAAUGACUUCUAGAAUUUUAUUCGGAAAAAACAUAUUUCAAUAUGACAGAUCAUUCAAACUUCUAUCGAAGAUUUCGUCCUCGUCAUAUCACUGUAACAGCCUUGGUCCUAUGACAGCUCAUCAUAAUAGUUUGCCUCGUCAGCCGGUUCCUCAUCUUGGAUCGACUUUAGAAAAAUAUUUAAAAGCUGUCCGUCCUCUUGUAACCGAAGACGAAUUUAAGCGCACUAAAAAGUUAGUUGAAGAUUUUGCUUCUCCUGGAGGAAUUGGUCAGAAACUUCAUUCUGUGUUACAAGAAAGAUGUAAAACUUUAGAUAAUUGGAUGGGUGAUUGGUGGACAGAGAUGGAUUUUUUAGAACUAAGACUUCCCAUAGUGGGUUUUAGUAAUCCAUGUGGGUUUUGGGCUGUUGAGAAGUUUCAAAAUAUGGAUGAUUAUCUAAGAUAUUCUGCAAGGUUAACUGUAGCUUUAUUGGAUUAUAAAAAGCAUGUUGAUAAUCAUCUAGUAGAACCUGAUAAACUAAGAAAAGAGCCAUUAGAUAUGAAUCAAUAUUUUAGAAUAUUUUCUACUUGUCGCAUCCCACAAAAAGAUUGUGAUCGUCAAAUGCUGUAUGGUCUAGAAGAAAAUCCACCAAAGCACAUUGUGGUUGUCAGAAAUAAUCAGUUUUAUCAGUUAGAAGUUUAUGACUCUCAAGGUAACUCACUUCCAGAAAGUUUACUCUUUCAAAAUUUAAAACAAAUUGUUUCUGAUGCUGAAGCACAUAAAGAUGAACCACCUCUUGGUGUAUUAACUACUGAAAAGAGAGAAACUUGGGCUGAAGCUUAUGAACUUUUAAAAAGUGAUAGUUUAAAUAAAAAGAAUUUGGAGAUUAUUCAAAGAGCAAUGUUCCUUUUAUGUCUUGACAAAAAUCCAAAAAAGAUGAAUAUAUCUAAGGAUGUAGAACACAUGCAUAAUGUAAUGCAUGGUGGUGGAAGCAAAUAUAAUGGUUGUAAUAGAUGGUAUGAUAAAUGUUUGCAGUUCAUUGUAAGUGAAGAUGGUGUCAUAGGACAUAACAUGGAACAUAGUCCAGCAGAAGGCUAUUCUUUAGUUAAAUUGGUUCAACAUGUUUCAAAUUAUGUAAAGAAUACAUCUGUUGAAUGGUUUGAUGUCCAAAAUACAACAGCUCCAACAAAAUUAAAUUUUAAUUUUUCAAAAGAAAUAUUGAAGGCAAUAGAUGUGGCAAAGGAAAACAUAAACAAAUUAAGUGACGAUAUUGAUAUAGAUUAUCUCAUUUUUAAAAAUUAUGGCAAGGAUUACCUCAAGUCAAAUAAUUUCAGUCCAGAUAGCUUUAUACAGAUGGCAUUUCAAUUAGCUUACUAUAGGUUACAUGGAUUGCGUGGUGUAUUAUAUGAAGUUGCAACAUUACAUAGAUUUUUACAUGGUAGAAUGGAAAUUGUUCAUUCCACAUCAGCUGAAGCUGUUGAAUUCUGUAAAACUAUGUUAGAUUAUAAUGCAAAUUUACGAGAAAAAGCUGUUGCUCUGAGAAUUGCUGUUGCAGCUCACAAAAAUUUAGUUCAUGAGGCUCACAGAGGUGAAGGCUUAGAUGCUCAUUUACUUGGUUUAAGAAGAGCAGCAAAAGUAAUUGGAAUCGAAGAACCAAAACUAUUUAAAGAUUAUGGAUUUCGAAUGUGUUAUUACUACCGUUUAGUUACCAGCCAGCUUCCAAUGGAAAAUAUUGAGUUAAUAGGCAGUUUUGGACCAUUAUAUGUUGAUGGAUAUGGUUUGCCCUAUGGUGUUUAUCCAGAUAAGAUAAACUUUUUUGCAUUUUCUUUGUUCCACAGACCAGAAACAACAUCGUCUAAUCUUAUUCAAGCCAUCAAUUGCUCUUUAGAAGAAAUGCAAGAAGUAGUUGAUAAAUCAGGAAAAUUAGAUUUAAAAUAUGACUUAAAUGUAGCUUAUUAAUCAUUAAAAAUUAAGUUAAUAAAUUUUUAAAUAU